AUGUUUUGGCGCUUUGGGGGAUAUGCGAGUAUCUCCACCAUCGAUACCCUGCUCGACAAGCCUGAUGUUACGCUCGAGGAUCUCCUGGAUGAGCCGGAGAUCAUUCAAGAACUGAAACAGCUUAAUACAAAACUCAUAGAAUACCUGCGCGAGGAUCAUGUCUUGAAACGCCUUAUGGACUAUGUGAUCGCGCCCAGUCUUUUGAAUGAAGAUGAAGACAAUGACGAUGAUUCCAACACGAAAGAUGCUCCUAAGAAGGACAGUGAUGGCACGGAGGAGACCGAUGCCGAAAAAGAGGAAAAGGCAUCGGAUCCGUUGAAGGGUAUCCUUGACUCGGAGGAUCUGGAAAAGAUGGAGAAGAAUCGCUUGAAGCAUGCCUACAUCGCUUGUGAAGUUCUCUCAUCAGAGACAUGGUCCAUUCUCGAAUCAAUGAUGGCUAACCCUGAAUAUCUGCGAGACUUUUGGGGCUUCCUGCGACGAUCCCCUCCUCUUGAUUCUCUGCAGGCAAGUUACUUUACGAAAGUAAACGAGACACUGCUCGAUAAGAAGACCGAGGAGAUGCUCGAGUUCCUCAAGUCCCUUGAUGGAAUUGUUCCCGCUUUGCUGCAACACGUUGAUAACCCGAUGGUUAUGGAUCUCCUCCUAAAGAUCAUUAGUCUGGAGAAGGCCGAGGGUGGCCAGGGAACCGUCGACUGGCUCAAGUCCCAAGAUCUCAUUCCGACCCUUCUAUCAUUCUUAUCCCCUGAACGCCCGGCCUCCGUGCAAACCUCUGCAGGCGAUUUCCUUAAAGCAAUUAUCACCAUCUCCGCAAACGCGAGCCCCAAUGACCAGUCAUGUAUUGGUCCUAACAGCUUAACGCGCCAACUUGUCUCGGCCCAAUGUGUGCAACAGCUGAUUGAUGCAAUGCUCAAGGGUGGAAAUCCAUUGACAGUGGGCGUUGGCAUUGUUAUUGAGGUGAUUCGCAAGAAUAACUCCGAUUAUGACCCGGAGAGCCUCGGCGGACCCGAUACCAUGCUCAGCACAUAUGACCCAAUCUACCUUGGGACACUGCUGCGCCUCUUUGCUCAACACAUUCCUCAAUUCAUGAGUCUCAUCCAGAGCUCUACAUACACUAUUCACGACGGCACCAAGCUCAAGACUGUUGACCGCGGUACACUGAGCUCUGCAUGGGGAGCCAAGAUUGAGCCUCUCGGAUUUGAUCGAUUCAAGACAUGCGAGUUGAUGGCCGAGCUACUUCAUUGCAGUAACAUGGGUCUUUUGAAUGAACCCGGCAGUGAUGAGUACAUCCGGCAAAGAGACGACGAAAGGGAGAGGUUGGUUCGCGAGGGAGUCUUUGAAUCCCAUCACGACGAGCACUCUGGAGUUGAUUAUAAUGAUACCACGGCCGAUUUCACAAGUGAAGAGGAAGGAUUCGAGGAUGUCGGUGCAUCUGGUGUUCUGGUAGACAAGAAGUCUGCCGACAACACUGCCGAUGCUGUUUCAGAGCCCAAAGAGACGGUUGAAGAAGUCACUGCCACUGAGGACCUCAAGAUCGGAAAGGAGUCUCCAGAAGACAAGACAACGGAUGGGCCUCAAACAUCGAGUGAAUCCACUGAACCUUCAUCACCCUCCAUUGGUCUUCCUGACCAGGUUGAUAAGAUCAAUCUCGAUAAUGAGCCGCAAGACGUGCAAGAGACACCUGCAAGCGAUAAUAAACAAUCUGAAUCUGUGGCCUCGCGUCCCGAAGAUGUGCCGCCCCCUCUAUUUUCGACUAACGAACAACCUGCAGAGUCAACUGAAGCCCCUGCCGCUGAAACCACUCAAGAACCAAGUGCCAUCAAUGAUGGCGGCGACGAGGAUUCUGCUGAGCAAUACAUCCAACUUGAUACCGAUGGCCAACCAGUGGUUGGAGAUUACUUGAAGAUAAUGUUUGUGGAGAACAAGGUCGUUCCAACAAUCCUGGGAUUCUUCUUCCGCUUCCCAUGGAACAACUUCCUUCACAAUGUUGUCUACGAUGUAAUUCAACAAGUCUUCAAUGGGCCCAUGGAGCGGGGCUACAACCGGGCUGUUGCUGUUGAUGUCUUCGAUACUGGUCGCAUCACCAACGCGAUCGUCGAAGGCCAAAAGCGCAGCGAAGAGACCCAGCGCACCAAGCAGAUUCGUCUCGGAUACAUGGGCCACCUAACCCUCGUUGCAGAGGAGGUUGUCAAGUUCAGCGAGCGACACCCACCAGAGCUGCUUUCGCGAUCUGUCAUGGAAAGCGUACUGAACCCAGCCUGGAUCGACUAUGUUGAACAGACUCUUUCCGAAACCCGGGAGCGUGACAAUGCCAUUCUUGGCGGUGUCCGCCCUGACAUGUCUGUCGGACCUCGUCAGACCAACCUGAACAAUACCAGCUCCAGCCAAGGCUUCUCGAGCUCUUCCGCCCUAGCUGACGCAGGCUUGAAUGGAGGCGGUGGAGGUUCAAACUUCCAAAGUUUCGAUCUCAGCAACCACGGAAGCGUGUCCGGUGGAGCAUUUGGUGGUGGCGGCACCUCCCUAUUGAGUGACUUUGCUAGCUCAAGUGACGAUGAUGAAGAUGAAGAAAUGGAGGAUCAUGACGACAGAGACGCCGGCAAUGCCGAUCAAGAUACUGACAAUGUGUCAUCAAACUCAGCGAGCCAACCUAUUCCUAUCUUACCCCCGCCACCAGCGCCCCUGAGCCUUGGUCCAUCUCGGGCUCGUCGUCAACUAGCAGCACGUCUCGCAGCCCAGAAAGAAAAAUCCGAAAACCCAGACGAUGACAACGAGCCCCGAGGCGAAGAAAUUGAAGACCAAGAAUCAGAUUGGCCCACAAAUCCCUUCGUCAUCGCCGGAGUUGACGAUGAUGCCGAAGGCGGCAACUCAGCCUUCCCCAACAGUGACUUCGGCUCUGCAAACGCCAAACACUCCCCAACAUUCCCAGACUCAGGAUUCAGCCCUCCAGACUCGCUAUCAACAAACUCAUCCGAGGACGAAGGCGACGGUCACGCUGCCUCAGUAAGACGCCAAGUCCGUGUCCCCCUCGAAGUCGAAGAUGAUGACGACGAGAUGGGCGAGAUGGUAGGACCGAGUAGCUUGGGCAUGAUCGACUCCGACGAUGAUGAAGACGAGGCUAUCAUCAACGAAUCACUCGGGUACUCCAACCUCUCCGGUCCAGGCCGGUAUAGUGGAUUCCGUCGAUCUCGGGCUGUAAGCUCGCAUUACGACGAUGAGCAAAACGACAGCAGUGACGGUGAGGAUGAUGGCCUAGUUGAAAUUUUAGUUCCCGGCCGGAAAUCUUCGACCUCGAAUUAA